AUGUAUGUUGCGCGCGCGCACCAGAUUAGUUUCUUCAAUAUUGCUUAUCAAGGCCUCGUGCUCAGCGAAGCGAAGACAAAACAGAAGCAGCCUCUCCUAAGACAAAGAUUGGUUCCAGUGGCUAACCAGUGCAAACUGUUCCGUCCUGGGAUGACAUGGCCCAUCCUCCCGCGGAGCGUUAAAUCGGCAACUGUUGGCGAAAAACAAAAGAAUUGGAGCGAUGACAAAAACAAAAGAAAAAAAACGCGGGGACAAAAGAGAACCGUUCUCUCAUUGGUCCAUCGGCUCUUGAUUUGGACUGA